CGAGGGCACGCCCCCCUGCGCUGGGCCACGCCCCCCUCGGCGCGCGCGCGGCGAGCGGGAGCCGGGGGCGGGCGGCGGCAGCCCCUGUGCCGGCACCGCGGGCCGAGGCGGAGGCGAUGGCCGAGGAGCGAGAUGUCCGCUUCGUCACCGAGGAGAGCUUCGACUUCGGGUUCCUGUCCCCUUCCGACAGCCAGGAGGAAGAGGAGGAUGAGGAGAGCCCGGCCGGGGCGGGGGCCAGGGGGGGCAGCGGGCGCUGGAGCCCCCUGAGCGGUGCCCGGCUGGAGGAGAUGGUGCGGGAGGCCACUCGCCUGGCGGCACAGCUGGAGCAAUGUCACCUGCCCCCCCCGAUCGCCUCCGGCCCCCCCUCCGCCCACCGCAGCCCCCGCAGCCCCCGCCGCGAGACGUUCGUGGUGAAGGACAGCCCCGUACGGGCGCUGCUGCCCACCGUGGAGCCGCGGGGGCCCCCCCCCCGCCACCGCCCGGCCCCCCGCCAAGCCCCGGGGUGCCCCCGCUGCCACCAACGUCCCCGGCACCCGAAAGGUGUCACCCAGCUGUCACCCCACAGCAGUGCCAAAGGGACACCCCGGGGCCAGGGUGCCCCCCCCCCAGCCGGGUGGGCCCCCCCCGGCCUUGCCCCCCCCAGGGGCAGGGGGCUGGGACCCGGGGCAAGUCGGAGCCCCUCCAGGCGGGGACAGCAGGCCAGCCAAAGGUGAGGGGGGCUGCUGCCCCUUGCCCCCCCGCCACCCGCCAGCCCCGUGCCAGGGCCACCGCUGUCCCCGUCCCCUCUGGCCGUCCCCUCGUGCCCAGCGCCAUCCCCAGGGCGCCAGGCCGGACCCUGGUGGGUGCACCUGCACCCAGAGGUGCGGGGGCGGCGCGGGCAGCCCCCCGGGCUGCUGGCUCAGGGUGCAAACCGGGCCCCCCCCCCCAGCCGCAUCCGCCCCCCCCGGAAGACGGCGGUGAGCAGCACCCCGAGGUGACACCCCUGCCCAGAGGAGCUCAGGGUGCCCGGACCCCCCCCCCCCCCGUCCUGCUGCAUGGGUGAGGAAGGGGGGAGCUGGGGAAAGUGAGGCAUGGCGGGGCGGGGCAGGACUGGGCCCCCCCAGGGAGGAGGCAGAGGCACAGGCUGGAUUUUGCUUUAAUUACAAAAGGUCACAUCAGCAAUAGGAAACCUCCCGCCCUGGCCCCCCCACCCCCCCAGCACCCAGGGGUCCCUCACCGCCCCCCCCCACACACCCUCUGCCAGGUGCCACCCACCCCUGGGUGCCACCGCCUGAGCCUCACCCCUGGGGGGGGUCAAAGUAUUGGGGGAGGGCCCAGACACCCCUGCACCCCCCCCAAGUGUUCCCCCCCUGCCAUGUGCCCCCCCCCCGCCCCCCACCUGGGGGUGAGUCGGCACCAUGGGGGGGUUUAUAUAUCCUUUUUUUUGUACUUUUCAUGUAUUUUUUAAA